AUUGCCGUAUGAACCGAGGAUUGAUGUCAGUGUGGGGUCCUGAAAAUCUCCGCUGCAUUGCGAGGCAUUGGAAGACAGUGCGUGCCGCGGUGGUUUGGGUCGACGUCUUGCAAUGGAGGUCGGCAUGGCAGGAUCGCGGUGUGCUGUGGGACGAUUCGAGAGUUCUGGUAGUUUAGGUAGUUUGAGGGAAUUCUGUGGCGGUGUGGCGAAACAGGGUGUGAGAAGGGUGGGGUGUUGUGGGACUGGAUUUGUCGACCGUAGUCAUGAGAGUUUUUACGCGCUGCCGGUGCGGUGCGGCAAGAAGGAGAAGCGGAUGGCGGGGAAGCUCGCGAAAGUGCAGGAGCUCGUCAAGGCCCAACGGGCUCUUGUUUUGUCGUCGCGGAGGGCGUUAGCUGAGCGAAGUGCCGGCGUGGCUGGUGAUUUGGUGGCGGAUGAUUCUAUUGAAAUUGGGAUUGGUGAUGCUGUGAUCGAGCAGAUGAUCAGGAACCUCGCCGUUCUUCAGAUGGAGGUUGAGACUCUCAAUGUGAAGGCGAAGCGAAAGAAGAAUGGAUCGUCUUCGAGUUCUUCAUCUUCGUCUUCGUCUUCUUCUUCUGAGUCGAGCAAUAGUGAUGCAAGGAAGGCAAUGAAAAUGGGGAUGCCUCUCAAAAUGAAAGGAUCGAAGAAUAAGUCUUCCUCAUCCUCCUCCUCAAGUUCCUCCUCAUCAUCGGAAUCCAGCGGCAGUGAUGUUGGUAAAUCUGUUGAUAUGCGAGCUUUGCGCAAGAAAAAUUCUGGAAUUGCUCAGCCUUCCAGCCCCGCGAAUCCCUCAAUGGCAACUUCGGCGGGUGCUGUCCCGAUUGCUGCAACAGUCAACUCGAACAAUUCCAUCUCAGUAGUGGCCGCCGAGCAUGCUUCACAGGGUAAUGCGUUAGCAGCAGCGAUGAGUUCUAUGAGAGUAGCAUCGACUCCUUCAAUGGAUGGAAACAACCGAGCUGCUGCACCAGCAAGUACGAGCGCUGCCCCUGAAGACGAGGAGCCUGCUAUUAUUGCCCAUAUACGAGCUCUCUGCAGCAGUGCGAAUGCUUUCACUUCAGCCAGUGCUAGAGAAAUCUACACCAGGGGACCGAUUGAAUUGAAAGACACGCCUAAUGGACGGAUUAUUGUGGACAAAGUCCCGUCGUCAAUGCCCCCAGUUGCCUCUGGUCUUACGGAAUUCAGUUGUAGCGGAAAGAUUGAGGUGUGCACAGUAGGCAAAUGCAGGAGAGGGGGUUCGCAGGAGAUCCUCGCGGCUUUUCAAGAAAGUAUUCCUGAAUCUUCUAACCUCUCGGCGACAUCGUGCAAGUGCAUGGGGAAGUGCAAGAGUGCCCCGAACGUCCGGGUAAAGAACAGUGACGGGAUAUCACAAUUACACAGCCAUGUGUCUGCGGAGGAUGUCGAUACUCUUCUUGAGUUGCAUUUCGGAAUGCAACCUUCGGGGAACCCGAUGCCUGUAUUGAUGGCGACCAUAGAUUCUGAUUUCUAGGCUGCGUUGAUGAUCAAGCAAUACUGGUUUUCAGCGUCCUUAGUCCAUCUUUGUUUAUCAUACAACUGUAAAUACUAGCAUUGAUUAGGAUUGCGGAAUGGAUCAUUAACAUGAUGACAGAGACAAGGUCGUAUGAGUGUAGAAUGAAGUCGCAUGUGUGAAUAUCUUCAACUUUUUUGCUGAAGGUUGACCAAUUCAUGCAAAGAAAAAUUGAUUUUAUCGCGGCAUCAACAUCGUUGCAUUCAUAUAUUGUGAGCAAUGAGAUUGAUUGUCAAUAUUCCAUCUGUUUAUUUCAAUACAUUUGCAGCGUCAGCAGUAAUAAUAACUCAUCUUUUGCUA